GCACCCCGGCCGUGACGUCACGGCAGCGCGCCGGCCGCGGGAGAGGGCCCCGUCGCGACCGCGUCCCCUUGGGUCCUUGAUCCUGAGCUGACCCGGUAGCCAUGGCCUUGCGGCUCCUGAAACUGGCCCCGACGUCCGCGUCCGCCCGGGUCGUGGCGGCGGGCGCCCAGCGCGUGAGAGGAAUUCAUAGCAGUGUGCAGUGCAAGCUGCUCUAUGGAAUGUGGCAUUUCCUACUUGGGGAUAAAGCAAGCAACAGACUGACAGAACGCAGCAGAGUGAUAACUGUAGAUGGCAAUAUAUGUUCUGGAAAAGGCAAACUUGCAAAAGAAGUAGCAGAGAAACUAGGCUUCAAGCACUUUCCUGAAGCAGGGAUUCAUUAUGCAGACAGUACCACAGGAGACGGGAAGCCCCUCACCGCGGACUAUAGUGGCAACUGUAGUUUGGAGAAAUUUUACGAUGAUCCGAGAAGCAAUGAUGGCAACAGUUACCGCCUGCAGUCCUGGUUGUACAGCAGUCGCCUGCUGCAGUACUCGGAUGCCUUGGAGCACUUGCUGACCACAGGUCAAGGUGUUGUGUUGGAGCGCUCCAUCUUCAGUGACUUUGUGUUCCUGGACGCGAUGUACAACCAGGGAUUCAUCCGAAAGCAGUGUGUGGACCACUACAACGAGGUGAAGAGCAUCACCAUCUGUGAUUACCUGCCCCCGCACCUGGUGAUCUACAUUGAUGUGCCCGUUCCAGAGGUCCAGAGGCGGAUUCAGAAGAAAGGAGAUCCACAUGAAAUGAAGAUCACCUCUGCCUAUCUGCAGGACAUUGAGAAUGCCUAUAAGAAAACCUUCCUCCCUGAGAUGAGUGAAAAAUGUGAGGUUUUACAGUAUUCUGCAAGGGAAGCCGAAGAUUCAACAAAGGUGGUAGAGGACAUUGAAUACCUGAGGUUCGAGAAGGGGCCGUGGCUCAAGCAGGACAAUCGCACUUUAUACCACCUGCGAUUACUGGUUCAGGAUAAGUUUGAGGUGCUGAAUUACACAAGCGUUCCUAUCUUUCUCCCGGAAAUCACCAUUGGAGCUUAUCAGACUGACCGUGUCUUACGUCAAUUCAGAGAGCUGGGGAUCCCCUACCCGCAGCAGGCUGCGCAGAGUGAAAGAAAGGGUCCUGAAGUGCUUCUCACUGGUCUUUGGAGGUGGGAAGACCUUCUCAUCCGUCUUCAGCUGCCGGGCCGCAAGUACAGCCCUGGGUACAACACCGAGGUGGGAGACAAGUGGAUCUGGCUGAAGUGAACGGGCCGCCUUCCGCUCCAGCUGCGUCACAGUGAUGGCCAAGCUGCAUCAGCCGCACUCUCCUGGACGCCAUAUAGCUUUAAGAUCGGGGGGAGGGUAAAUAAUGCAAAACUUGCACAGUGGAAGAAGUGGUCUCACAAAAAGCAAAAGCAAUCCAUCCCGUAGUAUAGGUAAUGGAGUUGGGAGAAGCAGCUUCCGUUCUGGAUGUUUGGAACCCUUUAGCUUUGUUUUGGAAUGGCCCACCAUUCUCACUGGAAAACAGUGGUCUGCUGUGAAAGGCCAGCUCUCCGCGGCCCCUGUGGUUUCAGCGCUGCCACUGUGUGUCAUUCAGGUUGUGUACAUUGUUUUUCUUCCGACUUCCAGAAAUAAAAGCGUUUCCAUGGGA